AUUUCGAUAGUUCUUUUUAAUUUUCAAAUUACCCUAAACCCUAAACCUCUUACUCAAUUUCUUCUCAUCUCGCGACCUGCAAAGCAAUCGCCACUGUCACUGACCUGAUCGGAGGGAAUACAAUCAUUUUGAGAUAGUGCAAAAGAAAGAAGAAAAAACAAAGGAAAAUGGGCAUUGAAUGUGAGAUCCCAAUUUUGGAUUUCCCAACUAGUGGAGUGAUAGAAGAGAGUGAAGGAUGGAAAGAAAUGUGCAAGAAAGUGAGAGAAGCAUUUGAGAAUCAUGGUUGUUUCAUCGUAAGGGGUGAUGAAAUCUUGAAUCAAUCACGUGAAGAAUUGUUCACAGGCAUGAAAUCAUUGUUUGAUCUACCCGAGGAGACUAAGCAGAAGUUCUUUAGCCCAAAUGCUUAUAGGGGGUUCACUAACAAGGGCGAUCACAUUCCUCAUGCUGAUAGCUUUGGGAUUUAUGAUACUCUCAAGGCAGAUACAGUUGAUGAAGACUUUGUUAACCUCUUGUGGCCUCAAGGAAAUCCAACUUUUAGUAAGUCAUUAACUUCCAUGACCUCAAAAAUGCGGGAACUAAGCUUGCUUGUCUUGAAGAUGGUUGUGGAGAGUUUUGGCCUUCCACAACGAUACAACUUGGAGGUUGAACAACUGAAUAGCAACAAUAAUACACGAUUGACUAAGUACAAACUUCCUGAAGACAGCAAGGAUUCUGAGAUUGCUUUGGCACCUCACUCUGACAAAUGCACCUUAUCCCUCAUAUGUGAUAAUGGAGUCCAAGGUUUGCAGGUGUUGUCCAAAACAGGCAAUUGGGUUGAUGUAAAUAUUCCCCAGAAUGGCUUUGUAGUGCAGGUUGCUGACGCAUUGAAGGCAUGGAGCAAUGGGAUAUUCCAAGCAUGCAAUCACAGAGUGGUCACAAGGGGAGACAAAGAGAGAAUUGCAUUUAUUCUUAUGGCAAUUCCAAAGGAAAAUAUGGUUAUUGAGGUGCCCUCUGAAUUGGUGGAUGAUGAAAAUCACCCUCUCCGUUACCGGCCUUUUAAGUAUGAGGAGUACAUACAUUACCGGUAUUUAAAUCCAGUACAAGAGGGAGCACUUGAAAAAUUUGGUGGACUUUGAUCCUUCAUUAUGUGAUGCAAAUCAUUUUCCUUUAUGUAAUGAAGUAGGGUGGACUCACUUUUGCACUAGAUUAUGAUGAUCAAUCAAAUAACAAGUAUUGUUUUGGGGUGGGUAGAGUAUCUCUUGUGUACUUUCGACCUUUUUUUCAAUAUAUUUAUAGAUCUGGUUUUCAGAAAAAGAAAAUAAUCAAAUAGCAUGUAUUUUGUGAAUGCGUUGGAAUUAUGUGGAAUUAUUUUUGAAUAAUGCCAGCAA